UCGGUUUCUGUCGUUAUUGUUGUUGUUGUUGCUCCCUUUGCUUCUGGUUCGCUUCCUUCCCUCUUUUUAUAUAUAAGCUCUCAUUUGGCCUCUCAUCCGCCUCUUUAUCUCUCAGAACCACAGAGACAAGAAAACUGAAGAGAAAUGAGAACACGGAGAGGGCUUUCUUAUCCCAGAGGAGCAGCAGUAAACGCUUGUGAUACAGCAGCAGGGAAGAGGACGGCAACAACAAGUUAUAAGAGAGGAAAGCCUGAUUUCGCCGCCGGAGAUUACCUGGUUCGCAGGAAAAAGAAUCGAUUAAUCUCAAAUCAAAAAACCGGAGAGACCGACUUGUUUGAUUCUUUACCCGAUGAUCUUGUCAUUUCUAUUCUCUGCAAGCUUAGCUCUUCUGCCUCUUGCCCCUCCGAUUUCAUCAACGUUUUACUUACGUGCAAGAGACUAAAUGGGUUGGGCCUUCAUUCUCAAGUACUAUCCAAAGCUUCGCCGAAAACAUUUGCAGUCAAGGCCAAAAAUUGGUCUGAUUCUGCUCACCGUUUCCUCAAACUCUUCGCCGACGCUGGAAAUGUUGAAGCUUGUUACACUCUUGGCAUGAUUCGGUUUUACUGUUUACAAAACCGAGGGAGUGGAGCUUCUCUGAUGGCAAAGGCAGCGAUUAGCUCAUACGCGCCUGCACUGUAUUCCCUUGCUGUUAUACAAUUCAAUGGAAGCGGUGGCUCUAAAAGCGACAAAGACCUUCGUGCCGGCGUUGCGCUGUGUGCACGCGCUGCCUUUCUUGGCCACAUCGACGCCCUACGCGAGCUCGGUCACUGCCUGCAAGACGGUUAUGGUGUCCGUCAAAACGUAACAGAAGGACGGCGUUUCCUCGUCCAAGCAAACGCGCGUGAACUCGCCGCUGUUUUAUCAAGACCUCGUUCUGGGCUCCCAACACGCACUUGGUUCUCGUGGAACCCACACGCGCAUCCUAACCACCGUCACCCUACUGGGAAUGGACACAGUGGGUGCCCUUUAUUGAGUGACUUUGGGUGUAAUGUUCCAGCUCCUGAGAGUCAUCCGGCCAGUCGUUUUAUGACGGAAUGGUUUGCUAUUCGGGGCGGGUCUUCGGGGUCGGGUCUCCGUUUGUGCUCUCAUACGGGUUGCGGGCGUUCCGAGACGAGAAAGCAUGAGUUUAGACGGUGUUCUGUUUGUGGAGCUGUUAACUAUUGUUCACGCGCCUGUCAAGCACUUGACUGGAAGCUGAGGCAUAAAGAGGAGUGCGCCCCUGUUGAGCGGUGGGUCGAUGAGGAUGGUGAGGGUGGUGCAGACGGGGAUGACGGUGGCGUGGAUGGUGACGGCGACGAUGUCAUGAUUGAGAGCUAAAAUUAAAUCUAAAAAUGGUUUAACAGUGGGGAAUGGUUAGAGACUGACGGAAACGGCGGAAACUGUGCGUUGUAGCGGCCACAAAGAAAAGGAGGAUAAUGAUUAAUGAGGGUGCUUUAAUCCUUACUCUAUUUUAAUUUUAAAGGCUAACCUAACUUUGGUUAUGGCCGGUUGAUAGCGCACAAGAAUUUUGUUUCCUCCUUGGUUUCUUGUAUAUAGAGAGGGUAUAUCGGAGAAAUCGAGGGCUACUUUUUCUUUUUUCUUUUUU